UGAGCAAGAGAGAGCAUGUUCAAGGUGAAUUGUAUCUGGAAGGAAUUCUAUUAGUGCACAUGACUUCUGCACCACAGACAGCUUUUCCCAUGGUGCCUCGAACACGACUCUCCAAGAACAGGCCCAAGUGAUGCUCAGCUGUCUGCCCUCAAUGGAGAUUGCUGCUUACAGCCCUGCCCUGCCAGAAGGUGAACAUACCGGUACAUGCAGUUCCCAUGUUGCUACUCAGCACAGACUUUGCAAAUGAAAAGAGGCAUUCUGGAUUUUUUCUAUCUUGGGAGAAAGUAUUCCAGUGGGAGAGAAAGUCUCAACAGCUGCCUCUCAGAAGAUGGAUCUGCUUGCCAGCGGAUUCCCAGCCCUUAAGAACAUCAUCACCUGCUAUUUCCUGGUGUCCUUGUCAGGAUGUGCCCUAGGCCGGACGCAAACCCAAGCAGAAGAACGGCUCUUCAAGUACCUUUUCACAGCCUACAACAAGUGGUCCAGGCCAGUCCCCAAUACCUCAGAUGUUGUUAUCGUCAGGUUUGGGUUAGCCAUUGCUCAGCUGAUUGAUGUGGAUGAAAAGAACCAAAUGAUGACCACCAAUGUUUGGUUGAAACAGGAGUGGAAUGACUACAAGCUACAGUGGAAUCCAGCUGAUUUCGACAACGUCACUUCAAUCCGGGUGCCAUCCGAAAUGAUCUGGAUCCCGGACAUCGUACUAUAUAACAACGCAGAUGGGGAAUUUGCAGUGACCCACAUGACCAAGGCACAUCUCUUCUCUAAUGGCAGUGUGAAGUGGGUGCCACCGGCCAUCUACAAAAGCUCCUGCAGCAUUGACGUCACAUUCUUCCCCUUUGACCAGCAGAACUGCAAGAUGAAGUUUGGGUCAUGGACCUACGACAAGGCCAAGAUUGACCUGGAGAGCAUGGAACGCCACGUGGAUCUGAAAGACUACUGGGAAAGCGGGGAAUGGGCCAUUAUCAAUGCUGUGGGCACCUACAACACCAAGAAAUAUGAUUGCUGCACUGAGAUCUAUCCCGAUAUCACAUAUAGUUUCAUUAUUCGCCGGCUGCCACUGUUCUAUACCAUCAACCUCAUUAUUCCCUGCCUUCUCAUUUCCUGCUUGACCGUGCUGGUUUUCUACUUGCCCUCUGACUGUGGUGAGAAGAUCACCCUCUGCAUCUCCGUCCUGUUAUCCCUGACCGUCUUCCUCCUUCUCAUCACCGAGAUCAUCCCGUCCACUUCUCUGGUCAUCCCACUGAUAGGCGAGUAUUUGCUCUUCACCAUGAUCUUUGUCACCCUCUCCAUUGUCAUCACUGUCUUUGUGCUCAACGUCCACCAUCGCUCGCCCAGCACCCACAAGUUGCCCCGGUGGGUCCGUACCGUCUUCCUGGAUUUUAUUCCCCGCUGGCUUUUCAUGAAACGACCGCCGGUGCUUACUCCAGCAUUGAGGGUGGCCAGCGAGGAGGUGAUCGGGCAGUACGACAUGCCUCCUGUCAAUCUUAGUACAUCACGGUGUUGGCUGGAGACAGACGUUGACGAUAAGUGGGAUGAUGAAGAGGAUAGCAAUGAGGAGGGGAUGCGUGCUGGCCGGCUGCCCCUCCAAGGUGCUUGUCACCACCAUUGCCUCCAUUACCGCUACACCUGUGCCCGUCACCUGGGAAGGGGGUUUGUGGAAGUGGUGCAGCGUCCAUCCACCAAAACAGAGAAUAUGUCGUCAUCUGACCAAGGGUUACUGCUCUCUCCCAGUAUCCUGAAGGCCCUGGAAGGGGUGCACUACAUUGCCAAUCACCUGCGGGCUGAGGAUGCAGACUUUUCGGUGAAGGAAGACUGGAAGUAUGUUGCGAUGGUGAUAGACCGCAUCUUCCUCUGGAUGUUCAUCAUUGUCUGCCUACUGGGGACAAUUGGACUUUUCCUCCCACCUUUCCUGGCUGGCAUGAUCUAGCUUCCAUGUGUUGCUGAGGAGCAGCCCACUUCCUCACAGAGGGCAACGCCAGAAGAGUGACCACAGCAACCGCCACACUAACUCUUCUUCUCCUGCCUGAUGGCUCCCACAAAGCUGUCAUCAUCAAGAGGAUCCCAGAUCAGAAGCAUCUCUUGCCUGAGGCUCCUUACCUGCAGUUGGAGCCUUUCUCAGCUAGUAGAGCCAGGCUUUAAAAAGAAAACUGUAUAAACAAUAGGGACUGGGAACUUGAAUCAUCUUUA